AUGUUCGUGAGAGCCAAGAAUGGCCUUGAGUACGGAGAGAAUAAAGAAAACAGCAAAUUCGUUUCACUGUUUACAAAUCUUGCCAUCAACAAGAAUAUUUUUCCACCAAGAGUUGCUGUUAAGUUUCCAAAAGGCACCCCAUACGACUUUGCAUGUCCUAACGUUGAAAAGGAUUUACCAAGAAAGGUUUGUGCCAAAUGUGGUCUGUGCUUUGCCACAAUCAAAUAUAAUGCAGCGCAUAAAGCAUGGUGCAGUGCAAGGUUAGUUUCAGUAAAAUAAUAUUAAAUAUAUAAAAUUAUAUUGUUUAUUUGUUUGUUAAAUUUUCUGGGCAAUUUUUCUGUUUUUAAGAACUCCAAUUUCUUGCUCAGUUGAACGGAUUCGUCCUCAAAGAAUUGCUGCACGCCGUCAAAGGGAGCUCAUGUGUGUUUUAGUUGAAGAAGAAAGCGCUAUGGAGGAGUUGGAGUGGCAUGAAGAGCAGUAUGUGGACACAACAGGCCUAAAUAUUUCCCAGCUGGAAAAUUAUGUUGAGAAUGGAACACCUGUAUAUACGCUGGAGGACAGAGCACCAGCUUGGAAAAAUGUUGAAGAUUAA